AGAUCAUAAAAAAUGCCCUUUGCUGAGAGAGAAGAACAAGCAGCAGAGAAAGGAGAAGUUAUUUCCCUAGUGUUGUCCUGUGUCGAGAGGAUCCUGUGUGGUGAGCAGGUCUCUGGUCUGCAAAAUGUGCAGAACAUGUGUGCCAUGCCAAAGUGAGCUGAUCACUGGUGGGCUGGUUUCACACCUUUGGGGCUAACAAACCAGAGGGGAACAGUCUGAGUGUCUGGACUCCAUCUGCUGCAAGCCGAAGUCAGAGAGCAAAAUGCUGGAGAAAAUUAAGAAAGGGCUCACAAUCAAAAACAGAACCGUCAGGGAGGCGCUGGCUGAGGCCUUGGGGACAUUCCUCCUGAUGUUCUUUGGUAUAGGUGGGGUUGCUCAGGUGACAUUAGGAAAAGGAGAAUUUGGAAAGUAUCUGAGCAUCAACUUGGGAUUUGGAAUUGGCGUCACUAUGGGGAUUCAUGCAGCCGGCGGCAUCUCUGGAGCCCAUAUGAACGCCUCAGUAAGUGUCACACACUGCGUCUUAGGAAAUCUUCCCUGGAGAAAGCUGCCAGCUUACAUAAUCGGCCAGUUCCUGGGGUCCUUCUUGGCAGCAUCCCUAGUGUUCUGCAUGUACUAUGAUGCGCUGUGUGAAUACUCUGACGGACACUACAUUGUGACGGGACCUAAUGGCACAGCUGGGAUCUUCGCCACCUACCCUGCUCCGUAUAUGACUCUGCUGGGGGGAUUUGUAAAUGAGUUCCUUGCCACAGUGGUGCUCAUGUUGUGCAUUCUUGCCAUCUAUGACAAGAAGAAUAAUGGAGCCCUAGAGGGCACUCAGCCUGUGAUCACUGGGCUCCUGGUGUUAGUGAUCGGCAUGACAAUGGGAAUAAACACUGGAUAUGCAAUAAACCCCUCCAGGGACCUGCCUCCGAGGAUCUUUACUGCAAUAGCAGGCUGGGGAAUUGAAGUCUUUAGGGCUGGAGAUUACUGGUGGUGGGUCCCACUUGUAGCUCCAACACUGGGAAGUCUUACUGGUGCCUUAGCCUACAAACUCCUAAUUGACUUUCACAAUCAGACUCCACUGGAAGGCGGAGAUGGGAAAGGAAAGGACGAUUUGCAGACUAACCAGGUGUGAUGUCCAAGUGUUGCUAGGACAAAGCUGGAAAGGAAAGUUCAAUCAGCCACACGACUUCAUCACUGGAUUAAGUGUUCAACCCUGCCUUCAGUGAACUUCUGUUUUCACACCACUAAUUAAAUAACACUCAGUAACUCAGUGGAUAAUGUCCAAGGGACAUCAGUUGUACCUGUAGUUAUUUACUUGCACAAUCUGUAGGUCUUAAAAUGGAGGGUGGCUUUUAAAAGUCUGUGCAACUCAAUCAGACUAGUUGGGAUUUCUGGUGGACAGAACGGUAUUGAGUGGGGCUGAAAGUGGCUCUGUUCUAAACUUCAAUGGAAGUUUAAGUUUCUUAACUUUUUUUCUUUAUGGAAAUAAUACAACAAACCCAUCACUCAGGUGGAAAAAACAAAGCCAAGUGAUUCCACACAUGUAAUUCUGCAGCAUUCUAAAUGCAAAAUUCACUAGCUCGGCGUGGAAUGCAUCCGAUGAAGUGAGCUGUAGCUCACGAAAGCUUAUGCUCAAAUAAAUUUGUUAGUCUCUAAGGUG